CGAGAAUGACUCGGAUUCGUGUGCGGAACAAGAACAUGACGCAUUUAUGGCUUCCCCUAAUCAUGGUCCAUCUUGUUAGAGAAAGACAUCCUGAGAGCGAGAGAUGCUUUCAAGGGGAAAGCGUAUUUUCAGGAUUGUGGUAGUCAAGAUGGAUAUUAAGGUUGGUCCGUCAGGAUGGUACUCAGGUUGGUCCUUCAGGAUAGUCCUUCAGGAUAGUCCUUCAGGAUCGUCCUUCAGGAUAGUCCUUCAGGAUAGUCCUUCAGGAUAGUCCUUCAGGAUAGUCCUUCAGGAUAGUCCUUCAGGAUAGUCCUUCAGGAUAGUCCUUCAGGAUAGUCCUUCAGGAUAGUCCUUCAGGAUAGUCCUUCAGGAUAGUCCUUCAGGAUAGUCCUUCAGGAUAGUCCUUCAGGAUAGUCCUUCAGGAUAGUCCUUCAGGAUAGUCCUUCAGGAUAGUCCUUCAGGAUAGUCCUUCAGGAUAGUCCUUCAGGAUAGUCCUUCAGGAUAGUCCUUCAGGAUAGUCCUUCAGGAUAGUCCUUCAGGAUAGUCCUUCAGGAUAGUCCUUCAGGAUAGUCCUUCAGGAUAGUCCUUCAGGAUAGUCCUUCAGGAUAGUCCUUCAGGAUAGUCCUUCAGGAUAGUCCUUCAGGAUAGUCCUUCAGGAUAGUCCUUCAGGAUAGUCCUUCAGGAUAGUCCUUCAGGAUAGUCCUUCAGGAUAGUCCUUCAGGAUAGUCCUUCAGGAUAGUCCUUCAGGAUAGUCCUUCAGGAUAGUCCUUCAGGAUAGUCCUUCAGGAUAGUCCUUCAGGAUAGUCCUUCAGGAUAGUCCUUCAGGAUAGUCCUUCAGGAUAGUCCUUCAGGAUAGUCCUUCAGGAUAGUCCUUCAGGAUAGUCCUUCAGGAUAGUCCUUCAGGAUAGUCCUUCAGGAUAGUCCUUCAGGAUAGUCCUUCAGGAUAGUCCUUCAGGAUAGUCCUUCAGGAUAGUCCUUCAGGAUAGUCCUUCAGGAUAGUCCUUCAGGAUAGUCCUUCAGGAUAGUCCUUCAGGAUAGUCCUUCAGGAUAGUCCUUCAGGAUAGUCCUUCAGGAUAGUCCUUCAGGAUAGUCCUUCAGGAUAGUCCUUCAGGAUAGUCCUUCAGGAUAGUCCUUCAGGAUAGUCCUUCAGGAUAGUCCUUCAGGAUCGUCCUUCAGGAUAGUCCUUCAGGAUCGUCCUUCAGGAUAGUCCUUCAGGAUGGUCCUAAGUCUAAUUCGUCCGUAUCGUCUCUGGCCACUUCUGCUUCUUCUUCAGGCGGAACUACCAGUAGCUUCCUGUCAUCAUCAAGGUCUGGCUCGACAGGCUCGAGCUGUGCUAACAAGAACAGGCGUCAACAUGGGAAUCGGAAUUUUGGAAACCUACGAGGCACAAGGAAGCAGCGCAGCACGCACCAGGAUCGUUAAGACUUGAAACUCAUUUUCAUAUGUGCUGUAAAGACUUGAGCAAGCAUUUCUUCAACUUUAUUAUAUUUGUAGCAAGCGUAAUUUCUUCAACUGUAUAUUUGUAGGACUUGAAUUUGUUGUUUCCACAUAUUUGAAGAUCAAACGUGGGGUCGUGUGAAAUAUUCAUGUGUGGUCAGGACCCAAAUAUGAUUACGAAGGAGUCGUUGUGUUUCAACCAUAGCUCUAAGAGGAGGAGAAGGAUAAAGCCUUGGUGGCAGAGAGCACGUCGCUGACAGAGAACAAUGAGGCCCAUCACGCUGGGGAUGCCACGACUAUGAAUGGAAAGAGUCUUUGUCUUUGUUUUAAGAUUUUUUGCGCUUGAACAGAACGCGUUUCAUACUCGUUGGCCUCGCUCCCGCCCAGGUGUGUCAUUCUCGUUGGAUUUUCGACAAGGCGCAACCAGUCAGUUACUAGAUAUCGGGAAAGCCUUGGGACUUCUUUGCCAUGCAGUAGCCCCUCACGUUUGCCUUGGCUGUUGCCCCUUUUGUUCUGCCUCGCUGUCUCCCAGUCUUUGCUCCCCUUCACCUUCCUCGCCUCCACCUCCCUGCCUCCAUUUCCUAACGAACCUCCAUUUCCUGACCUCCAUCUUCCUGCUUCCACCUCCUUGCCUUCACUUCCUUUCUCCCACCUCCCUGCCCUCACCUCUUUGCCCUCAUCUCUUUACCCCCAUCUUUCUACCCCCACCUCUCUACCCCCACCUCUCUACCCCCACAUCUCUACCCCUACCUACCUACCCCCACCUCUCUACCCCCACCUUGCUACCCGCACCUGCCUGCUGUGACCUCAUUGCCCCCACCGGGCAGGGCCUCGCUAGUUAAAGUUAAACACUCCCUACCUAGAUAUUUUUGAGUUAAAAGGGGGCACUUUCUAGUUAUAGGGCGACAGUUACUAGCAAAACCCCGACACUUUUUAGCUAAAAUUAAACCCUUUGUUUCUGUCUCGUCUAGUUAGAGUUCGACACUUUCUGCCUAGAAGCUUCAGACGCUUACUAGCUAUAACUCGACAGAUGCUAGCAAGAAUGCGACACUUAUUAGCUAAAGCUAUACACUUGCUUUUUAAAAUUGUGCACUUACUAGCUAAAGUUAGGCACUGACCUUGUUCUAGCUAAAGUUGGCCACUUUCAUUUACUAGCUAUAUUUACCCGUGGACACUGACUAGCUAUAAUUCCACACGUACUAGCUUUGCUGCGGCGCUAGACUUGGGCGCUUACUGGUUAGAGUUAGACACUUACUAAGCAUAGUGCGACGCUUACUAGCUAUAGGCCGACGCCUACUAGGUAGAAUUAGAGGCUUACUAGCUAGAGUUAGGCACUUACUAGCUAGAGCGAGACACUUACUAGCUAUAGUUCGACAGUUCCUAGCGAUAGUUCGACGCUUACUAGUUAUAACUCGACACUUACUAGCUACAGCUCGACACUUACCAGUUAUAAUUCGACACUUGCUACGUAUGGCUAGACAUUUGCUAGCUUUAGGCUGACAGCUGCUAGCACUAGUUAAGAUUCGACACUUAUUAGCUUUUAUAGUUAAACACUUUCUGGCUAUAAAGUGACACUUUCUAGUUAGAGUUAGACACUUGAUAGCUAUAGCGUGACGCUUUCGAGUUAAAAUUAGACAGCUACUAGCGAAAGUUCAGCAGUUACUAGCUCAAGUCGAGCACUUCUCAGCUAUAGAGUGACGCUUGCUAGUUAUGGAGUGCCUGUUUCUCUUACUGGUUAUAAAAUGAAACUUACUAGUUAGAACUACACGAAUACUAGUUAUCAGAUGGCACCCAUUAGUUAUGAGUUGACAUCUUCUAGUGAGAGUUGCGCAGUUAUUAGCUAGCGGCUGACACUUACUAGCUAAAGUUGAGAACUUACUAGUUAGAGUUGGACAGUUAUUAGUUAUCAAGUGACAGCUAUUAGUUAGAGUUAGACAAUUCCUAGUUAGGAACUCGCAGCUAUUAGCUAUAAUGAGACACUUACGAGUUAGAGUUGGACAAUUAUUAGUUAUCAAGUGACAGCUAUUAGCUAGAAUUAGACAAUUCCUAGUUAUGAUCUCGCAGCUAUUAGUUAUAAUUAAACAUUUACUGGUUAGAAAAUGGCCCUUACUAAUUAUCAGGUGACAGCUAUUAGUUAGACUUAGAAUUCAACAGUUACUAGUUAGCAGUUGCCACGUAUUAGUUAGCAUUGAUCAGCUAUUAGUUAUCGAAUGACAGUUAUUAGUUAGAAUUGGACAAUUACUAGUUAGGAACUCGCAGCUAUUAGAUAUAAUGAAACACUUACUAGUUAGAAUUGGACAAAUAUUAGUUAUCAAGUGGCAGCUAUUAGUUAGAAUUAAACAAUUCCUAGUUAGGAACUCGCUGUUAUUAGUUAUAAUUAACUAGAAAAGGGCACUCGCUAACUAUCAAGUGACAGCUAUUCGUUAGAAUUAGGCAGUUCCUAGUUGUGAUCUCGCAGCUAUUAGCCAUAAUUAAAAAUUUACUAGUUAGAAGAUGACACCUACUAAUUAUCAAGUGACAGCUAUUAGCUAGAAUUAAACAGUUAUUAGUUAGGGACUCGCGUUUAUUAGUUAUAAUUCAACACUUAUAAGCUAGAAAAUGGCGCUUACUAGUUAUCAGUUGACAUUUACUAGUUAAAAUUACACCGUUGGUAGUUCGAAACUCGCACUUAUUAAUUAUAAUUCAACAUUUACUAGUUAGAAAGUGACACUUACCAGCUCAAGCCAAACGGCUACUAGCUAUAAAAUGCCAGUUAUUAGAGAGAAGCUUUUCUUGCUUGUUUGUUUAAUUGUUUUUUUGUUACGUUUUUUGCUUCAGCGUCUGGGCUGUGUUUUUUAUUCUUCUUUUGUAUGAUUAAUGUAUAGUUUUUCUAAGAUUUUUUAGGUGGAAGAAUAGAAAUGAUAACUCUAUGUCUAUCCUACAUGCCUUCUCCCUCCUUAUCGUUUGUGACUGUGUGCAACUAGUGUAAGCAAUUUUAGUAGGGACAAGUCUCUCAUCUCUCAUUUCUCUCUUUCUUUUCUACUUACACCUAGAGACGCCUUCUCUCUCUUCUACUAGACUCUUCUGCUCGGCCUCGCUUUUCUACAAUCGACGCCAGCAUUAUCUUUUUGUUGCUUUCCACAGUCCACACCCAUGCAUGCAGGGUUAGUGACAUAAGAUCUACUCCUUCAAUCUAGUCCUUCAACAGGUGAUCACACUCCUAUCCUUUCCUAUUCUAUCCAACCCUAUGCUAUCCUAUCCUAUCUCAUCUUACCUUCUCUUGUCUUAUCCUAUUCUACCCUGUUCUAUCUUGUUCUACCCUGUUCUAUCUUGUUCUACCCUGUUCUAUCCUAUUCUAUCCUGCUCUAUCCUAUUCUACACUACUCUACCCUAUUCUAUCCUGUUCUAUCUUAGUCUAUCCUAUUCUAUCCUAUUCUAUCCUAUUCUAUCCUAUUCUAUCCUAUUCUAUCUUAUUCCACCCUAGUCUAUCCUACUCUAUCCUAUUCUAUCCUGUUCUAUCCUAUUCUACCCUAUUCUAUCCUAUUCUAUCAAUCCUAUUCUAUCCUAUUCUAUCCUAUUCUAUCCUAUUCUAUCCUAUUCUACCCUAUUCUAUCUUAUUCUAUCCUAUUCUAUCCUAUUCUAUCCUAUUCUAUCCUAUUCUAUCCUAUUCUAUCCUAUUCUGUCCUAUUCUAUCCUAUUCUACCUUAUCCUCCAAGUUCUACUUCUAAUCCUUAUCAACAUCCGAGUGAGCAACAGCAGGAGCAAGAAGGUGGAGAGCUGUCCUUUUUCGAGGUAGGGAGACUCCUCGUGGAGAUGGCUCCUGUAUCUUGGUCUGAUCGUGGCAAAAAGAAGUUACGAAGAUGGCAUUUUUCCGUCUAUUUAUUCUUUUCUUAGGGAAAGAGUCACUUCUCAGAUGGCACUUUUCCCUCUAUUCCUAGGGAUAGUGUUGACGAAGAGCCACUUCUCCCGGCUAGUUUUCCCUCUAUUCUUAGGUCUAUCCCACCACGCCCGACCUAAAUAUAAAUUACAGACCUGUACUUCUACAGGAUGGAAAUUCAUAGAGCCACGGCACUCAGCCUUGAAGCUUUGAAACUUUGAACAUUUGUACAUCGACGACUCGAUGACAUGAGCCAACAGGGCGAUUAAUUUCUUGUCUCUGAUAGUUGUACAUUGUUAUUGUAGUACAAAUUCAAGUACUGAUCAUGGUUAAUGAAGACCAUUCGAGAUGAACUGUUGAGUAUGAGUUCUCUUCUCUGCUCCAGCGUCUUUCUUCUUGUCUCCGAUGACUUCACUCUAACUCAAAAGGAAAGCGGUUCUUCUUCUUCAAAAGGAAAUGGGGGAGGCACAUCACCUAUGACGCUGACGCUGAUCGGACUCGGAAUCUUACGGCAUUGUAGAAUUAUAAGUGAAGUUUUUUUUUCUUCCUCGCUCUUAUUGAAUCAACCGCACAAGACUCUUCAUGAAAUUCUAAUUCUUACGAGUUUCCGAUCGACAAUAUGAACAUAAUAAUCGUUCGUGCCUUUUUUCGACUAUCUAAGGUUAACAAACAAGGUCAAUUUAAGUAGCAUAAAGUGCAAACGAACUCUUUGUCUUUUCAAUCAUACUCGUGAAUGCUCACCUCUUCGCAGAAUACUGCCAAGAUACUGCCAUUGUUGGCUCAAGGACGCUAGAGUUUUUUCCCCCCUUAUUUUCAUCUAGAGGCGUGCUGCAAAUCUUGACUGGCUUUCACCAUUUAGGUGAAGGCUUAGGCCCCGCGACGCUCAAAGCACUAAGUAAAGCAGCCGGCUAGUUUUCAUCUCUAAAAAUCUAAGUUUAUCCCGGUCUCCGUUCAAUAUGUGCCCGCCGAAUAAAUGACUGAUAUGCCGCCCAUGGGGCGUGGGCUCUAGCUUUUCUACAGCGGUUGCCGCCGUGCUUGAUCGUUUGCGUUGUUGUAGCGCCUGGCCGUUGUGCUUCAGGUUUCCCGCGGGGUAAUUGGGUGGAACAAUUGCGGGAAAGUGUAGACCCAGGCACCAAAAGAAAGGAAAGCUUCUACUUUGGUUAUUUUAUCGGGAAACUGUAGGGCCCUCCGGUUUCUGUUUUUCUUUUUGGUUAUUUUUUUGCGGUUGCGGAACGCAGUUGAGGAUGAACGGGGCGAAGGACGAGGGAGCACGAGGGGGCGAAGAUAAGAAAACCUGGGCUGGAAGUCCCUCAACGGCGAAAGCUAUGUUGUACUGAGGGCUUUCAGCCAGUAGAAAUCUACUUUUAGGCUUUCGCUUGUCAGGACAGGCGAUUGCGCAUUUUUAGUCAAGAGUAAGCAGGGCUGACAGCCCUGCCAUCGUGCCUUCUAGGCAGGCGUAUAAGAGUGGGACGGCUGGCAGCUGGCGGCGGUUUAUAUAGCACAUCCUCCGUUGCCCUUAGUUUUUUAUCAUUUUAAAGUCGGCGGGCUCGUGGGCAAUUCGUGCGUCCGUAAUUUGAGGGAGCCAUCCAAUGUACUCCGCGUGCUGCCGGUUUGCGAACUGGAUAAAACUGGGAUCACCCUUCCGGCGGUCUUAGCAUACAAAAAAAACGAUGGCCUGGGUGGGGCAUAUGAAUGAACGUAGGCGAGCCAAUUCGUGCCCCAUCUUAUCGCUGUACAACGACCAAAAGCAUAAUAAAAGGACUCGUUACCCCUGAGCAGCAACCACAAAACAGAGGGCCCGUUGUCCUUUCUCAGAAUCUGAGCAUAUUAAACAGUUCUUGUGUAGUUGUACCCAUUCGCACCGCAUAAGCUUUGAAACCACUACACUGCCCCAUCCACCAACUAGUUGUAAUUAUACUACGACGCCUAGAGCACAUAAGUAGAGCAGCCGCCUCGUUUUCCCUCUAAAUCUUAGGCUUCUCCCUUCAUGCAUUAUAAUACUGUGCCUCCGCUUCUAAAUUUCCUAGCGGGGACAGUUGGCAUUGCCAUUGCUGCGUACUUUGUCGGGGGAGCAUG